ACGGUAAACAGUUGGUGUUUUUUCAAUGCAUUUUUGAACAAAAGUGCAUAGACCUCGUUGCAAAACAGAAUAAUAUUGCCUAAAAACCAAAUUCGUUAGAACGCAAACUAGUAUAUCAAUCCUAGUCCGCCUGAGUCACACUGUAAACCAUCCGUGAUUCUAUGUGCACACAAAUUGCGCGAAGAAAAAAUCCUCCCUAAUCACGGGGUGGGGAUUUGAGGAAUCGGCGGGAUGGGCACGUUGGUGGUCUUGUUUUGGGCAAACAACCGAACCCGGUAUAUUUAAGCCAGUAUAAAGCCUUUGUACUGGACACGCCAAGGCGUCAAAGCGUUCAACAGCCUUCUAAGUCCAGUGGUAACUUCUCGUUAGGAAUCGAAAAGUGCGCAACUAGAAUCGUCCACCAAAAUGAGGAUAGGACUGCUGGUGAUAUGCGGCCUUGCGCUGCUAGCGCUAGUGAGCGGAUCUCCGGUCAAGUGUUCCGAUUGCAACAAAAACGAGUGCGAAUGCAAGCGGAAAAUUCUGAAAGCGUCGACUGUUGCGCCGAGUCGGUUCACCAAGACCAAGAUCUGCGAGGAGACCAACCCUACCGAUCUGCACCCGAUUAAGGACAUUUGCUCGUGCACUGAUGUGGCCCAAGUUCGACCGCACUCUCGGAACAAUGAAGAUACGCCCCGGUUUGCACACUCCACGUCCUGCGAGUGUGGCUACGAGGACAGCCAACCGGAGAGUCAGCCUGUUAAAUAUUCCGCUGACGCAGUCAGUCAACACUUGGCCAUCAUAGCUGCCCGAAAGAAGGAGAUCUCCGUUUCCGAAACCGACCUGCACUUCCACGGAAAGGCGAUCCGAGUUCCCUCGGAAGGAUCGAACGUACCGGACAUCAAGGAGGAGCGACUGCACAAGUUCAACCGUCAGCUGAUCGAGCUCAAGCCCGCCAAGAAGAAGCAGGUCUACCGGCCGGAAUCCUCCGAGGAGGAGGACUUCCCGUGCCAACCGGAACAGCAAUCCUACUCGGAAAUCUGCUACGGCAAGGUCCAGGCUCAUAAUCCCAAAUUUGAGCAUGUCUACGAAGAAGCCGCGCCCUGCGAGGUCUGCCAGGACACCUACUCGGACGAGAAGUACGAAAAGUCGUACGGAGAGAAAAAGUACGGAAGUUCGGAACAACACCACUCUGAACAGCAGGAGGAUGAGGAAGAGGAGGAGGAGGAAGGCAACGGAGAGGAAGAGUACGAGGAAGAGGAAGAGAUAAGGGAGGAAAGCAGAGAAUCAAAGUACGUUAAAAAGACUGAAUCCAAAUCUUCAGGAUACUCGAAAGAAAGCGGAUACUCAGAGAUUGAAGAAAGCGAGGACGAGGAAAGUGAGUACUCAGAAGACGAAGAAAACCAAUCAGAAGCUGAGGAAGAAGAGGAUGAAGAGGAGGAGGAAGAAGAGGAAGAAGAAGACGAAGAGAGCUCGUAUGAAGAAGCACCGAAGAAAGAUUGCGAAUGCGCAAAGAAAAAGAAGCAAAUUCCUUACAAGAAAAGGUCAUUGAGGCUGUCGCAACUUUUGGGCGCCAAAGGAGGCAGUAAAGUUGCGAGCAGUAACUCGCUGAAGCAGUAGACUGUCGAGUCAGUGUAAAGUAAAGAGAGACUAAUUUAUUUAUUUAGUUAGUUUAGGUAACUUUUUGUGUGGUUUCCAAUGUGAUAGUGAAUUAAGAAAGUUAUCACGAGUCUGUACAGCUUUACGUGUAGGAAUUAGAGUAAGGCAAUUAUGUGU